GAUCGCGUUGUUAGGUUGUCAAUGGCUCAGAAUGAAGGUGGAUACUGUUGCAGCUGCGAUGAUGGGUUACCACUGCAGGUGAAAAUGAAAACAUCGUUUCUUGGCGAUGCGGAUAGAGGAGACUUUGCGCAUCGGUGUCUCGGGCAUAAGUGACUGAGUGCGUGUGUCUGUGUGUGUGCAUAGUGUAUUAGUUUGCAGGAAUGUGAGUCAGAGUGUGUGUGUGGAUUAUGACCAACCGGGAGCAAAAUUUUGCUGCAAUGACCCGUUUAAGUGCAGAUUUCUGUCCCAUCCAUCGGCCUUCCACUCCUCUCGGCCCAGACAUGCACCAUCACGCCAUCUUUUGACUUGAUGAAGAUUACUUACAUCGGUAAUGUGAUGAAUAAAUUUGAGGUCCUUGGGAUUGUAGGAGAGGGAGCCUAUGGGGUGGUCCUGAAAUGCAGACACAAGGAGACAAAAGAGCUUGUGGCUAUUAAGAAGUUCAAGGACAGCGAAGAGAAUGAGGAGGUCAAAGAAACGACGUUACGAGAGCUCAAGAUGCUCCGGACGUUGAAGCAGGACAACAUCGUAGAAUUGAAAGAGGCUUUUCGGCGACGGGGAAAACUCUAUCUUGUGUUUGAAUAUGUGGAGAAGAAUAUGCUUGAGCUGUUGGAGGAGUUGCCUAAUGGUGCACCACCCGAAAAAGUACGGAGCUACAUCCUUCAGCUAAUCAAAGCUAUUCACUGGUGUCACAAGAAUGAGAUUGUUCACAGGGACAUCAAGCCUGAAAACCUGCUCAUCAGCUCCAAUGAUGUCUUGAAGCUGUGUGAUUUUGGCUUUGCCCGUAACCUCUCUGAAGGCAGCGAUGCUAACUACACCGAAUAUGUGGCAACCAGGUGGUACCGCUCACCUGAACUGCUUCUGGGGGCUCCAUAUGGGAAGGCGGUGGACAUGUGGUCAGUGGGGUGUAUUUUGGGAGAAUUGAGUGAUGGGCAGCCCCUGUUUCCGGGCGAAAGUGAAAUCGACCAGCUCUUCACCAUUCAGAAGGUGUUGGGUCCCUUACCACCAGAACAGAUGAAGCUGUUUUACAGCAACCCUCGUUUCGCUGGACUAAGAUUUCCUUCUGUAAGUCACCCUCAGACACUUGAGCGAAGGUACCUGGGUAUUAUCCAUGGACUCAUGUUGGAUUUAAUGAAGAACCUGCUGUGCCUGAACCCGACUGAACGCUUUCUGACGGAGCAGUGUCUGAACCACCCUGUGUUUCAGGGUUUGAGGGGUCCGGAGCGACCAGCGCCACCUUCGCCAACCCCACCUCGCUCUUCAAAGAGGAAACCGUACCACGGAGACAACACUAUCCCCAGCCGGAAUCAUAGCAAGAGCUCAAGUCAUCGGCGAGCUAACAGCAAAGAUUGCUCGUCUCUUCCCCGCCACGAAGACCUCCACCGGAGUACCGACAACUUCCUAAAUGGCAGCAACAUGCCAACUUCUUCCACCCUGAGCCCUACCUUACACCCCAAGAGCUACCAGGUCCAGACCCUAAGCCGCUCUGCCUCUAGCAGCAAAGAUCUGGCUAACAACAACCUUCCCCACCUCCUCAGCCCCAAAGACAAUAAAGGAAAGACCGAGUUUGAUUUCAACCUGGGGCCUAAACCUGGAGGUCCAACUGUAGUAGCAGACACAUCCGGUUUAAAGUACCUCAAGUCCUCUAAACCAGGACGCCACUCAUCCUUCUUAGAAGGGAAGACCAGCACGCUCCAGUCCGGGGACAAGCACAGUCGCCAUAACUACAUGGAAUCCUCACACGGAUCCAUGCCUUCCACAUCCUCCUCCAAAAGUUCCUCGUCCUUCCUCAGCCUGUCCAAGAGCCACGGGGCGCUGAGUGACGCCAAGUCCGUUGGGAAUCUCUCCGAGACGCGGCUUCACCCAGACGACCCCAUGGCCGGGUCGGGCUCGGGUUCCAGGUACUUCCCAUCUAGCUGCCUGGAUCUAAACGCGGCUCCCGGCAGCCCAAGAGGGGAGCGGCACGCUGGGACGGAACGCCAAGGUCACAGCCCCAGCGGACGGGGGAACUCACGCCUGGAGGGAGGAACACUUGACUCGCGCCGUUCUUCAGGACGCAAAAAAACACCGGAUGAACCGAAGGCUUCCGACACGCUCGACCCCAACAGGGUUGUGGGAGCAGGGGGCGGGCACUCUCACAAUCUCCCGUCCCCACACGAGUCCUAUCCUUACGGUCUCGGCUACACUAGUCCGUUCUCCUCACAGCAGCGACCUCACCGCCACUCCAUGUACGUUCGGAGAGAGCGACACCGGCCACACGGACAGGAGGUGGGCUUGGUGGUCGGGCAGGGAGCACCGACGCGUGCCAGCAGCUUACAGCUCCUCUCGCCUCAGCUGCAGCACAGAACGCUCCCACGGCACAACACCAGUUCAUCUCGAGAAGAACUCUCGCAAGAUAUGAGCAGGAAUGACCAGUCGCCCAAAGAGAAGACUCACUCUCGUCCUCCGAUUAAAGACUCUACGAGGGACAACACAGCUUCUUUCCACACACAGCGCCCAAAAAAUGAGUGUGAGCGACCUCUCGUAACCCAGCCUGGGAUGUACCAUGACUCACAUAUGGAAGACGGAACCUCGUCCAAGGAAAACCGAAUCAUCUACAGUGACUCAAUGCCUCGUAGAGUAGGAAGCUUCUACAGAGUCCCCUCACCUCGACCUGACAACACGUUCCACGAGAGCACUGGGCAGAGCAGAGUGCCGGCCGUGGCAGCAGAAAAUACAGCCAUGACAAACCACCCCAAACGUCAGACCAAUUUCGACCCCUGGAAUAACUCAGAGGUUAUGGUCAUGAACAAACCAGAGGUCCCUAAACAAAAAGAGAAGCAGGGUUUCUUCAGAGCCAUAAAGAAGAAAAAAAAGAAAUCGCAGCCGACGGACGUCAACGCGGGAAGGAACCCGAGCAUCAAGAAAAGCCUUUUCCCCCUCUUUAACUCAAAGAAUAGCUUAAAGCAUAAUUCUGCUGUCAAAGUGCUACCUGUUGUCCCGCAGCCCAUGGUUCCCGGUGAAAGCCAGCAGGAGCAGCUAGUGAUACAGAGACCAGUGAAAUCCUCCUCUCAUCACAGCAGUCGACAACGGAACAGGGAUCGUGACCGGGAGCGUGACCUGGAAAGGGACAGGGACCGAGACCGGGAAAGAAACCGCGAGAGGGAUCGCGAAAGGGACAGAGACAACACUUGGCCACCUGAAAAGCAACCGGACGUCCAGCCUCAGAACCAGCCUCUGAAGUCCCUGCGUAAACUCCUUCACCUUUCUUCUCCCGCUACGUCCAAUCAGCCGCCGCCUCCCGAUCGCUCGGCAGAACUGCGCUUCCAUCCUCUUCCUAACCCCUCCAAAGGAAACCUGAACGAGGGCAGAGGGCACCCGGUGGGCAGCGUCACCCCUAAUACCAAGAGCCGCAAACCCCACAACUACCCUCUGCCAGGGCAGAUCGAGUCCAGCUGGCACGUCUCUGCUUUGACUCGAGCCGAGGGUGCACCAUAUCCAGACCAAAUGGCAAAUAAAGGUGGGCAGAACGGUAUUGGCUUUACCCGAGCCCCCCGCGCGAGGAUGCCGAACCUCAACGAUCUAAAGGAAACAGCUCUUUAGAGGGAGCCCCUUGAUACUUGGUCUCUCUUUUCCUUCUUGGCUACCUAUGGAAUGCUACACGAUAUUGUUCAUACAGUGGUACACGAUGCCACUUCUAGCCAGAAGGUGGCAAUAGUUAUGUCUCAGAUUUGUUUUUUAAAAGCAUCCACAUUUGAUAGAAUUUGUAUUAUUGUUCAUUACAUCUGGGUUCAGUUUUCUGUUCAAUAUCUUAUUGAUGAUGAUAUGAAUCUAUGUAUUUGUAAAUGGAAACUUAGGGACGGGGGACAAAUCUGUGGAAUUGUAAGAGCUUUAGUUUCUACACAAGAGAAUGUAUAAAUAUUUAAUGUGUAGUAAUUCUAUAUUUCAUGGAGAUUAUUUGAUGAAUAAUCGGUGUGUUAAUAGUUACAAUGUACAGAGUGCAUUUUAUGGUUGUAACAGACGUAUCUAUUGUUUGAAUUACUUUCCUCUCUUUGUUGAACAUUGUUUUCAGAUAUGAAUUUUCAGUAGGUCUACAGUAUAUUACACACUGCUCAUACUGCAGGUUAAAGAAUGAAACCUCUCAAGGCUUUGGACUUUUCCCCAAUGAAAUGAGAUCAGCAAUUACUGAUGGUUUCUAAGCAGGUUCUGUAAUACUUUUCAGGUGAGACUAUUAAAUCGAAGUCCCAUGAUGCCUAUUUGUCUCACUUUACCUUUAGCCUCAUGUCUUACAACAUUUCCAUUCAUUAAAAAAUCCCUGCUUCCCAUGAGCUCAAAACGGCAUUAAAAACAGGAUAUUAACAUCA